AUGGCGACAGGGUUCGAAGCGGCGGCCGAGGUGGCUGCGACGGAGCCCAAAAUGGAGGAGGAAAGCGGUGCGCCCGGCGUGCCGACCGGCAACGGGGCUCCGGGUCCGAAGGGUGAAGGAGAACGGCCUCAGAAUGAGAAGAGGAAGGAGAAAAGUAUAAAAAGAGGAGGCAAUCGCUUUGAGCCAUAUGCCAAUCCGACUAAGCGAUACCGCGCCUUCAUUACGAACAUACCUUUUGAUGUGAAGUGGCAGUCUCUGAAGGACCUGGUUGAAGAAAAAGUUGGUGAGGUAACAUACGUGGAGCUCUUAAUGGACGCUGAAGGAAAGUCAAGGGGAUGUGCCGUGGUUGAAUUCAAGAUGGAAGAAAGCAUGAAAAAAGCUGCUGAAGUUCUAAACAAGCAUAGUCUGAGUGGAAGACCACUGAACGUCAAAGAAGAUCCUGAUGGUGAACAUGCCAGGAGAGCAAUGCAAAAGGCUGGAAGACUUGGAAGCACAGUAUUUGUAGCAAAUGUGGAUUAUAAAGUUGGCUGGAAGAAGCUGAAGGAAGUAUUUAGUAUGGCUGGUGUGGUGGUCCGAGCAGACAUUCUGGAGGAUAAAGAUGGGAAAAGUCAUGGAAUAGGCACUGUGACUUUUGAACAGUCCAUUGAAGCCGUGCAAGCUAUAUCUAUGUUUAAUGGUGAGCUGCUAUUUGAUAGACCGAUGCAUGUCAAAAGGGAUGAGAGAGCCUUACCAAAGGGAGAUUUUUUCCCUCCUGAACGUCCACAACAACUUCCCCAUGGACUCGGUGGCAUUGGCAUGGGAUUAGGACCAGGCGGGCAGCCUAUUGACGCCAAUCACCUGAACAAAGGCAUUGGAAUGGGAAACCUGGGCCCUGCAGGAAUGGGAAUGGAAGGCGUCGGAUUUGGCAUAAAUAAAAUAGAAGGCAUUGAGGGCCCCUUUGGUGGUGGCAUGGAAAACAUGGGGCGGUUUGGAUCUGGGAUGAACAUGGGUCGGAUAAAUAAAAUCCUAAGUAAUGCACUGAAGAGAGGAGAGAUCAUUGCAAAGCAAGGAGGAGGUGGAGGUGGAGGCAGUGUCCCUGGGAUUGAGAGGAUGGGUCCUGGCAUUGACCGCCUUGGGGGUGCCGGCAUGGAGCGCAUGGGUGCAGGCCUGGGCCACGGCAUGGAUUGCGUGGGCUCUGAGAUCGAGCGCAUGGGCCUGGUCAUGGACCAUAACUUGCAGGAAGUAGGGUACAUUGUCUCCAUCAAGUUCCCCCUUGUUGCAAAAUGA